AUGGUGCGUACACGCGAGAAGGAAAAGAUUGCAGACAUGGUCGCGCGCCAUGGAAUCCGACCACGAGCGCCAGCCCCAACGAUCUCAACCACGAGGCACACACACAACGAUUCUUCUCGCAUGCCAUUCGCUUUGACAAGAGGUGAAAUACAUCAACACGAGCAAUCGACAUUCCCAACCCACAUGCCAUGGCAUUCCCCUGCAAUCCAUCCGAAUCGCGUGCCAGAAGCAAGAAUGUGGUCCCCUGCAAGGGCAUGUUCACCCAUCCCAGUGUCUCACACGGCCUCGCUGGAAGCAGCGCGGAUUGCGCGGUGUACACAGAUGGCGAUUCCACCGACUAUCCACUUGCAUAGUGUGUUUCCACCCACCCCCACUGCGAUAUUAGCAACCGACGCCACGCCGCAAGAACCGGCCCUUACAUCAGCGGCUGGGACCAGUGCUCCCGCCACGCCACAAGAACUGACCCUUACAUCAGCGGCGGGGCCCAGUGCUCGACCGAUGACUCCGCGUGCGAACGAAAGCGACAUGCAACACAUUUCAACAAGGCGCCAUGCCACAGAUGCCGGCCUAUACACGAGCGGCAAGUGCUUCGAGGAGGACCCCACAUGCGGGGACGAGAGACGAAUCAAUCCCAAGCGUGCAUGUCAACCCAAACAUCUCCACCAUGCGCCAACGUGUGUUUUCGUCUACUUCUACUGCAACAUUGGCCACCGACGCCAUGCCACAAGUGCCGGCCUUUACACCAGCGCCAGGGACAAGUGCUCCGGACAGAAGGAGUUUUGAUGUGAACCAAGAAACCACCAUGCGCCAAGCUGUGUUUCCAUCCACAACAACAUUGGGUAGUAUGCCACGAGUGCCGGCCUUUGCACCAGCGCCAAGGACGACG